AUGUCUGAUGAUAGUCAGUCAGAAAAAGAAAAGGAAAUCGAAAUCAUCAAAGAGUCUGUUGAGUAUGUUAGCUCCGAAGAUCCACCGAUGGAUGAAUGGUCUUCAUUGGAUUUCGAAAUACCAGAAGAAAAUCCAAAAAGGAUUUUGUUUGAGAAAAGACUUUAUUCUCCUGGAAGUGGAGAAAUAUGUACACAGUACAUUGCCAUGUCGGCGAGUUCAGUUUUACGCCACCAUUAUUAUAACUAUCCCGCUGUUGUUGAUCCGGGCAUAGAAGUAGCUUUGCUGCACCCAGAACAAGCAAUAAUUUACCCUGAUGAUGGACAAGAGCUUUAUUUGGAUAUCUGUAAAGAAAUGAAUCAGCCUCCGGUAAAGUUAUUUUAUAGGGGAUUGGUAGAAGACACUAUUGAUUUAAAAUAUUAUUGCGUUAAUCCGUCAGGCAUUCGCGCUAUGGCAUUAGCGCUUGAGUCUAACAGAAUAGUUAAAACGUUUAACUUAACUGAUAAUUUCUUAACUCAAGACGCUUGCCUUCAUUUAGCUCAAAUGUUGGACAAAAAUUCGUGCUUAUAUGAAUUAAAUUUAUCUGGAUGCAAAAUAGGAGCGCCGGGAUUAAAAAAGUUACUCUCUGGAUUAUCAGGGAAUAAAACACUGAAAGUGUUAAAUCUCAACAAAAAUGAUUUAGGUGAUAGUGGAGCUCAAUAUAUGGCUGAAGCCGUUUUUACCGGUGUCGAUAUCCAGCAAAUUUAUUUAAGUUACAACAGAAUUGGCAGUAAAGGUGCCGGCGCACUGGCUGAAUCUUUAGAAACUUAUAAUAAUUUUACUGUGAUUGAUCUUUCUUGGAAUAAUCUAUUUUCCCCUGUUGGUGUAUUUAGUCUCUUAAGCAGAUUAAUGGAAAAUAAACAUCUUACAGAAUUAAAUUUGUCAUGGAAUUCUAUGGGAGGCGCACGGCUGGCCAAUGGGAUUAGGAAUGUUAUAAAUGCUCCAAAUUUACGUCACUUAGAUCUUAGCAAUAAUCGGUUUAGUGGUGAAGACAUCACAACUAUAAUAGCAGACUUGAACAAGGCCAAAAAGUUAAAUUAUUUGAAUAUUUCUUAUAAUCCACUUUCAAUAGAUGAUGCUCUUAAAGUUUUAACUAAAAUUAAAAGUGUGGCUGUAAAAGUUCAGCAUUUAGUGUUGGAAAAUGUAACUGUUGACGAAAAUUUCUUAAAGUUGUUAGAGCAGUUCAAACAAAUGAAAUCAAAAAAGAACUUUGUGGUGAAAUACGGCCGUGUCGAUAAUAUUUUUAAGCCUAAGGGACCUGAUCCACGGGAAGUGCUUUUGAAUCGGGCUGAGUUUUUGAGAAAGAAACAACGAAAGAAUCCGGGUGAUCUAACCCUUGUGGCAAUGCAAUUGCUAAAGGAUAAAUUUGAAAUUAUGGAAGCCAAGGAUUUUACUACUGCAUUAUCAAUGGCAUCAGUGCCUAUGGACUCUGAUCUUGCUGAUGAAAUAAUUAAUGUUUUUGCUGGGCCUCGAUCAGCCAAGGCGAAGACCAUUAAUAUCAGAAUUUUAGUAGAUUUUACUCAAAGGAAAUGGCCCGAAAAGAAAUUACCACCCACACCACCACCUGAACCUGAACCGGAACCUGUUCCCAAGAAAGCCGCUAAAGGAAACAAAAAAAAGUAA